AUGACACCCGGAACUUCAACUCUAUUGCUCACCGCAGCUAAUAUCCUGAUUCCCAUCGCAAUUCUUACCUUUGCGAGUGGCUUCUUCCCUUACAAACCAUUUCUCCCUGGUCUAGCUGAAUAUGAACCUCUCGAAUAUGGCCCUCCGCCUGAGGCGCCGUUCGACAAACUCGUAUUCAUGGUCGUCGAUGCUCUCCGGAGUGAUUUUGUCUAUUCCGGACUUUCUGGUUUUGCAUUUACUCAGAGUCUCAUUUCCAGCGGAGCAGCAAUCCCUUUCACAGCCCACGCUACAUCUCCUACCAUUACAAUGCCAAGGAUUAAAGCCAUUACUACCGGGUCUAUACCGUCCUUCCUCGAUGUUAUUCUAAACUUUGCAGAAUCAGAUACUACAUCAUCUCUAGCCACACAAGAUACCUGGCUUGCACAAAUGAAGGCAAAGGAAGCGGGCAAAAUGGUCAUGUACGGGGAUGAUACGUGGCUCAAACUCUUUCCUGGGAUGUUUGACCGCGCUGAUGGAACAUCAAGCUUCUUCGUUUCGGAUUUUACGGAAGUGGACAACAAUGUUACUAGACAUGUUCCUGAAGAACUGAUGCAUGAUGACUGGAAUACCAUGGUCCUACAUUAUCUCGGCCUUGAUCACAUAGGGCACAAGACUGGACCACGAGGGCCAAAUAUGAUCCCUAAGCAACGUGAGAUGGAUAGUAUUGUCCGUCAGAUUUACGAGGCCAUAGAAACAGAAGAGUCUCUCAAGUCAACUCUGUUAGUACUAUGCGGGGAUCAUGGAAUGAAUGAUGCUGGUAAUCAUGGCGGUUCUGCCCCUGGUGAGACGUCACCUGCUCUGGUCUUCAUCUCUCCAAAGCUCAAGACUAUCACAUCCGGUUUUGAAUCUCCUGCUUCGUUUGAAGAUGAAUUCCAAUAUUAUACUGUUGUUGAGCAGUCCGAUAUAGCCCCUACGUUGGGAGCCCUGCUUGGCUUCCCAGCGCCCCGAAAUAAUCUGGGAGCUUUCAUUACUGACUUUCUCCCAUUUUGGCCCAACAAAAAUGACCAAGUGCAGAUCCUGCUACGGAAUGCUAGACAAAUUCUGAACAUCGUCACUGCCACGUUCCCUGGUUUCGAAUCCGACGGGGCUUCUGAUGACUGCCAUAAAGCCUCCUCUAGCACUGAUGAGCUUGCAUGUCAAUGGAGAAGUAUCACCCAGGACCUGGCUGAGAUGAAGGGCGGAGAGCAAGACAUUAACGGAUGGCUGAUAGCCGUAUCAAAAUGGUUAAAACAAGCACAGGAGUUGAUGAGCAGCACUGCAAGCAAUUAUGAUAUUCCCAGGAUGUUCACAGGCCAAGCCUUUGCUUCAAUGGCCGUCUUGCUAGGAUUAGUUGCUGCUGGUCCAACUCUUACACGCUCUGUGAAGACUAGCUCUCCUUUCGCUUGCAUCAUCUUGCUAUAUGGGGUCAUGAUGUUUGCAAGCAGCUAUGUUGAGGAAGAGCAACAUUUCUGGUACUGGGCUACUUCGGCGUGGCUAGUGCUUCUCUUGAUCAAGCGCACUCGCAUCUGGGUAUACCCAGCUUUCUCAAUUGUUCCCGUCUUUGCUGUAACCCUUCUUAUGAUAAGAAUUGCCAGACGAUGGAACCAAACCGGGCAGAAAUUUGCAGGAGAGCCAGAUAUUGCUCGUGCCUUUUUCUCUGAUCAUAAAAUGUUCCUUUGGGGACUUGUGGUUGUCACUUAUUUGUGGAACAUACAGUUCCUUUCAACCAAUGGUUUCUCCCGCUUCCCCCAAACUGCUUCUGCUGUAAUUGCAACAGCUCUUGCUACGGCAUCAGCCACGUUCAAAGUGGCAUUCACUGGUCAAGAUUCCCCCGAGCUUAUGACUGGUCUGAUAAAGACAAUGGCAGACAACGAGAAAGGGGCCUCUCUCGUGGCCCGCGCAAGGGUUACUUUCAUUGCUAUUGGCAUCUCGCUGAUCUAUACUCUUGCCACUGGGCGUGGCCUGCCAAAACGUCCAAACCCUACGAUGAAAGCGGUGCAUUAUUUACUGCUCCUUUUUCUGAUUACCCAAUCCAGGGCUACGAACAUACCCCUAUUCCUGCUCUUUGAGGUUUUAUCCCACCUCCUGAGCGAUCUAGACCUCAACCUCGUCGAGAUCACCACGACGUCCUUGCUCCUCCAAUAUAUGUCUUUCUUUGCCUUUGGGGGUUCGAACGCCAUUUCUUCCGUCGAUCUCUCGAGUGCCUACAACGGCGUGAGCGGCUACAACGUGAUCGCUGUAGGAGUUCUCACAUUCGUCAGCAACUGGGCGGGUCCGAUAUUCUGGGCGUCUUCCACAAACCUCAUGCUCUUGAAGUUGCAUGAAUCAGGACAUAGGAACCUGCUGAAGGAACAUCUGGCUUUGCUCACGGUCUUCGUGACGAGCAGUCUCUUCUUUGUCAUGGCUGCUUGCACACUGCUGCGGACACAUCUGUUCAUCUGGACGGUGUUUUCGCCGAAAUAUUUAUAUAGUAUGGCUUGGAGUAUAGGCCAGCACCUGGGUAUUAACGUGGGACUCGGAAGUCUGCUUUUCUGGCUUGGCACGAAAUACACACAGAGGUGA